AUGACCAAGAACAUGGCCAAUAUGUCCAAGCAUGGGAUUACCUUGCCGGAAAAGUCAGCGGCACGGCCUGAAACUACAAACAUGGAACCAUCAUUCUUUGGUGGAGCAUCCUCCUCAUCACAUUCGUCAUCGAACGACGACACUGAUUUGGAUUCUCAACAAUGUGAAUUCAACAACUUUAUGACUACCCAAUUGUCAGGCAAGAAGCAUACACCUGGAGAACGACUACAACGAAGCCGGGAGCGCAAUCGAAUUCAUGCACGAAAGACUCGCCAGCGAAAGAAAGAACAAAUGCAAAGUUUGCAACAACGAGCUGGUGAACUCAAACAAGAGCAGAUUCGACUCAAACAAUCCAUCAACGAGAAGGCUACUGCUAGCAUUUUGGUCGGACUCUUCUCGAAGGACGCUUCUUCGGAGCAGAUGGAAGAUCCUCGAGUGGAAGAACUCUUACGAAGACCCAUUGAAGCCAUCCCAGACGCUUCCAAGUUGCCAGAACUCCCGGCAUUGAUUCUUCCAGGACAACACAACUCAAAGAAGCACAAGCCAACUUCCACCGAACCCCUCCCUGGCAAAGACGAUUUGCCGAACGAUGGCAUUGACUAUGAUUUGCUUGGCAAAGAUAGAUCCAAGUGCACUCCCACCGAAUUGGACCAAAUUCGAAGGGAGAGAAAUCGCAUGCAUGCCAAGCGAACUCGAGAUCGGAAGCGACUCUUUAUGGAAGAAAUGGCAGAAAUGUGCAGCAAAUUGGAGCAAGAAAACGAGCUCUUGUGCAACCAUCUCGGAGGAAUCAGUGGACUCAAUCAAUCUCCUGCUGGAACCCCUGAACUAUCUUCGCAAACUCCAAACGUGACUCCUCUCCAUAUGGGCGAGACCAUGUCUUCGCCCUGCAUGACUACGUCCAAAUCUGAUAAAUUGAGUGAUCAUGGAGUCACUUUGGAUCAAAUCAAGACCCUUUUGGAAGCUGCUGGUACUUUUACCACUUCGAGAUCAUCCAAAUCACCCGCAUCUGCAUCCACUAGCGCUUCCGAAGGAGGCAGCUUCUCGGACGAUCAAGAGGAUGGUGAUAGUAGCAGCUACUCGUCUCGCAAGCGACGAAAGCUGGACACUACCGUCCCACAAUCCAUCACGGCAACGAGUCCACCAACUGCUGUUGGUGUUUGA